AUGGACACUGGAAGCGCUGCGACUGCUGCGGGUAUCGACCCAAAAAUUCUGGAUAAUUGGCAAACUGACGGCGCCUUCUCCGUCGCUUCGUGGGAACACCUGGGAUACGACCAACCCCCCCGAUGCGCCGAUGUCGCCGACCUGGGCGCCUUUCAUGACCCGCUAACAAAUUCGCUGCUCGACCGAUCGCGAGAGAUCCGGAAUAGGAAGCGCGAUGUGACCAACGAGACUUUCAACUACGUCGACGGCGGUGUCGAGAGUACAGGCAGUGGUACCAUUAGCCCUCGUACUAUGCCAUCGUCUACGGAGGACAACUUCCACGCCGACGAAACAUGGCCGCAUUUUCAGCUCUUCAACUCGGUUGCUGCGGGCAUGUCCGCGGGCAUGUCCCUUGAAGCACCCGUGAUGUAUCCUUACGGCAAAGGCCCCAACAGCUCGACCGGAGGAGCCGUGAUCGUCGACGAUGUGGGUGAGAUGCCUCAGGGGCAGGAAUUUCCGGAUGCUUCGGCUGAGGCGAUCAUGUUUCAGCAGGUGCCACCGUCGUUUCCGAUGAUGGAGCAGUGGCCUGAGAUGCCCCACGGUAUCUCAAUGGAGAAUAUGGCUGGUCAAGGACCAGUGCCGCUGGCAAUGAACUCACAGAAUAAUUCCAAGAACCAUUAUCAGCCUUCCCUCCGAUCCCUGGAGUCGCGAUGGAUCAACAAUCUGGAAUCGCAGUUACCCGUGACGCAGAUGACACCACCUACUUCGCUACCCGCCUCACUCCAGACAUCACCAGCGCCACAGACUCACGCCAAACUUGUGCAAGACGGGUUCCAGUUCAAGUCCGAGAAUUCCUCCGUAGCCGGCGAUGUGUCCGGCAUAUACGACUACUCGUACUCUGCCACAAACGAUGACGGUUCUGCCUUCGCUGGUCGUCAAGUGGACGAGGAUAACCAGUGGAAAAUCGCUACCCCCGACCACAGCUCCCCAGAGUCAUCAGUACCCGGCACCUCCGCCUUCAUGGUCAGCGAAACCCCGUCCGAUUCGCUAGUCAGCAUCCCUUCCCGGUCUCGCGCUUCCUCGUCAGCGGGUCAACGGGCGUCAGGUCGACCCAUGCCCCUUGCAAUGCAAUCUGUGGCUACCGUUCGCAAGCGCAAGAACAGAAAUCCCCAGUCCAUGGAUCAGGGCCAGUCUAAGCCCUUGCAAAUUGUACAGGAAGACGGUCAAGGUGGCUCCAUUGCGUCAGCCGACUUUGUUUCCCCUCCACGGGGUGCUCGACGUAAGGGUCCUCUGAGCAUGGUGGGCAGAGCCAAUGCUGGGCUACGUCGUAAGAACAAGGAUACUUGUGUUCAGUGCCGAUUGAACAAGCGCAAGUGUGACGGAAGCGCCCCUUGUGAUGCAUGCCGCCCUACUCUUCACGAACAACCCUGCGCUCGUGCUUGCUUCUCUAGCAUUGUUGAAUUCGGAACGUGCAACUACAUCUCCCAAAAAGCUAUCAACCAUCCGACAAUCGACGGCAACGGCCGAGUCCGAAUGGAAAUUCCGACCGAAUUUGACAUGACUCAACUUUUGUCAUUCCUUGGGGAGCGCCAGGGCCGGUUCAACAUCCGUGCCAGCCAAGCCUGGGGCUCACUGUAUGUCCUCGAUCUCGGCGAGACAUACAAAUUCUUGAAGAGCCUCAGCGAAUACAACGGCAACUCGAAGUCAACUUUCAUCGAGUUCAUUGACCGACGCAUCGUUGAUUCCAAAGACAAGUCGAAGAACUGGUUGAGCUGUGUCAAGGACUGCGACCCAAUGAACCAGGCAUACACCCUCCUAUCACAAUGGAACAACAUGCCUAGUCGUGCCCGCUACACCUUCGUCCCGCUCGACGAAAACGGCCAAGAACGCUCAAUGGACAUCAACAAUCCCGAAGACCGGCGCGACAUCCUCCUCGCCGCCCAACUCUCCCGCAUAAUCUGCCGAAUGAUGGAGGUCGAAGGGUUCCGCAAACUGGAGCGCGACUUCUACAACAUCAAAUGGAAGCAGAUCUCGCACGACACGCAUAUCCGCUUCCUCAACGAACUCGGCCACAUCCUGCUCUCGCUGCGAUGGCGCUGCUCCUGGUGGAAACGUCUCGGCGAUGGUGGUCAAAGCCCCGACCCCACGCAGCAGCACUACGUUGAUCGCGUCGAGCUGCUCUGCCGCAUUCUCUACGUCUAUUAUACUUGCGUGUUAGCCAAGCUGCCGUCGUGGUCUACCUCCGAUGUGCCGAAGGGAACUUGGUCUUCGUACGCGGACUCUGAGAAUCCGGUCUGGGACGACUUCCCUUCGGACUCGUCGGAUGCUGGAUUCGCGAAUUGGAUGGAGCAUGGCCAGGAUUUGAUUGAGCAGGCCGGUGUUCCGAGCCGGGUCUCUAAAUUCUGA